AUGGAUCUAAGCCGUGCCGAUUCCCAAGAUCGCGAAGCCCUUCCGCCACGGGGUGACGAGGGGGGCAUAUCAACAUCGCUGGAUAGGGAGAAAUCUUUGUCACCUGGAGACCAGCCCGAUGCACCUCCUGAUGGGGGGUUGACUGCGUGGUUGGUGGUGGUAGGUGCGUGGUGCACAUCAUUCUGCAGCUUUGGAUGGGUCAAUAGUGUCGGGAUAUUUCAGAAUUAUUAUGAAUCUCACCUGCUGAAGCAGCUCUCUUCCAGCACCAUCUCCUGGAUUCCAUCCUUGCAAAUCUUCUUCAUGUUUGCCAUGGGCCCUAUUGUUGGAAAGCUGUACGACACAUUCGGUGCUCGAUAUCUGAUUAUUGGAGGGACAUUUUUCCAUGUCUUCGGUCUAAUGAUGGCGUCAAUAUCAAACCAAUACUACCAACUCUUGCUGUCGCAAGGAAUCUGCAGCGCCAUCGGCGCGGCCGCUAUAUUUCAACCAGCCCUAAGCGCCGUAAGCGCCUGGUUUAAUCGCAAAAGGGGCAUCGCUUUUGCGACUCUCUCGACAGGCUCCAGCGUGGGUGGGGUGAUAUUCCCCAUCAUGGUCGACCGCCUCAUCGCCAAAGUUGGCUUUGGCUGGAGCAUGCGAAUUUCCGCGUUCAUGAUCUUGUUCCUGCUCGGGAUCGCCAUCGUCACUGUCAAGGCACGGCGUCCCGCACAGCAAGGGCCAAAACCUUCUAGUGUGCAGUUGCUCCAACCAUUCAAGGAGCCCGUGUUCAUCAUUACCCUCCUGGGAUACAUGCUACUUACCUAUGGCGUCUUUAUCCCGAUCAACUAUAUCAUUGUCCAGGCGGUCGCAAGCGGUAUGAGUGCAGAUCUCGCGUCAUACUUGGUUCCCAUGUUGAACGCGGCCAGCCUCUUUGGCCGCCUCGGAGCUGGAUUCAUGUCCGAUCGAUACGGGAGGUACAACAUCUUCAUAGUCAUGUGUAUCGUUGCCGGCGUGCUAGUACUCGCUCUUUGGAUCCCUGCUACCUCCAAUGCGCCUAUCAUUGUGUUUGCAACCCUCUUUGGGUUUGCAUCUGGAGCGUAUGUUAGUCUUUCGCCCGCGCUGAUCGCUCAGAUCUCACCGUUAAAGGAGGUUGGAUAUCGAACUGGUCUGCUAUUCUUGUUUGCGUCGGUCGGUGGGCUGACGACAAGUCCAAUUGCCGGAGCUAUCCUGCAACACGCUGGUGGAGACUAUACUCAUAUGAAGAUCUUCUCAGGUGUGAUGCUACUUGGAGGCACGGCAUUUAUCAUGACCGCGCGGUUAGUGGGGACGGGUCUGAAAUUGGUGGUAAAAUAUUAGAUUAGCCUCGAACUGUGAAUGAGGCUGUUAAAAUUCAAAAGAACCCUCUAGUUUAAACUGUAUCCUGACCCACAUUUUCUGCUUGGAAAGCUUCCUUCCUCCAGCAGUUCCAGGCGCUUCCCCCCUCCCCGACGCGUUCUUUUGCUCAGUCUUCUC